UUUUAGGCUAUAAACAACCAACCCAGGUUACCUUACAUUCCACGUUUCCUCCUCCCAGUAUUUAUGGCCUUCUUUUCCUCUCUCACUUUUCUUCUCAUAUUCAAAAACCAUCCCCUCCCCAUCCUUCAGUUUCUUCUUGUCUUAGCCUGAUUUUCAUCAUCACUACCCUUCCCUUCCUCUCUUCAAUUCUUCUCUUAAACCUCUCACUGAUAACUAGCUACAAAGCUCUUCUGUGAGGCCUUGAUAUUGAAAAUUGAGAUUGACCCAUCUUAGCUUCUUGAUCAAAGCUCAAAACAUUGAAUUCUGAUAAGGAAGAAAGAGGAGGGUUUUUGAAGGGUAGUUUGAAUCAAUGGAAAACAUCUCAGUGCUAUCUAAGGAAGAGGAUCAGAUGGAUUUGCCUCCUGGAUUUCGAUUUCACCCAACUGAUGAAGAGCUUAUUAGCCAUUACCUCUACAAGAAGGUCAUUGACAUCGAAUUCUCUGCUAGGGCCAUUGGAGAAGUGGACCUCAACAAGUGUGAGCCUUGGGAUUUGCCAUGGAAAGCGAAAAUGGGAGAGAAAGAGUGGUACUUUUUCUGUGUGAGGGACAGAAAAUACCCAACAGGGUUGAGGACAAACAGAGCCACAGAAGCAGGGUACUGGAAAGCCACAGGGAAAGACAAGGAGAUUUUCAGAGGAAAAUCGCUGGUUGGAAUGAAGAAAACUCUGGUUUUCUACAAAGGAAGAGCACCCAAAGGAGAGAAAAGCAAUUGGGUCAUGCAUGAGUAUAGGCUUGAAGGGAAAUUCUCUGUUCACAACCUCCCUAAAACUGCAAAGAACGAGUGGGUUAUUUGCAGGGUGUUUCAGAAGAGUUCAGCUGGGAAGAAAACACAUAUUUCUGGGAUAAUGAGGUUGGAUUCUUUGGGUUUGGGGCAUCAUGAAUUGGGUUCUAGUCUUCCACCUCUCACAGAUUCAUUGUCUUCCAUUAAUAAGACAAAAGCUCUGCUUGAUUCGGCUUACGUGCCCUGCUUCUCCAAUCAAAUUGAUGUUCAAAGGAAUCACCAAGGAGGGAUCUAUGAUUCCUUUUCCAACUCCAUCUAUGGAGUUUCUUCAAAUCCAUUAGAAUUUUUUCCAAGAGUCCCACCUUCUUCUGGAUCCUUAUACUCGACUACUCAAGGUGUUCAAGUUCCAUCUAGUUUGCCAUUUCCAGGUUCUGUUUACAGCAUGCAGGACCAGGCUAUUCUGAGAGCCUUAUAUGAGAAUAAUGCUUCAAAUUUUGUCAAUGGAUUCAAGGCUGAGAGGGACAUGGUUAGUGUCUCUCAGGAAACUGAUUUGACUACUGAUAUGAAUGCUGAAACCUCUUCAGUGGUAUCAAAUUUUGAAAUGGGUAGGAGGAGCUUUGAGAAUCAGAAUCAAAAUCAAAAUCAGAAUCCUCCACCUGCUUCUGCUGCAGGAGUGGACCAUGAUCAUGGUCUGUGGAGCUACUAAACUCAAAUUAAGAAAAGAAAAGAAAAACAACUUUUGAGCUAAGAAGAAAGAGCCUGAUCAGUUACAAGGGAUUGAUGGUGUUAAUUGUCUAUGUAUAGAUUUUAUCUGAACGAAUUAUUACUGAAGCAUAUGAUAUGUUAUGUUGUCAGUAUAAGAAAUCUUGUGAAAUUAAGGUGUUUUUGUCCUUUGUUAUUAUAGGCUUGUGCCUGGCAUGAGCACCAUUAUUAUUUUGUUUUAAAUUAAAAAUUAUGAUACUGGAAUGAGACUCAUUAGGUAUAUUA